GGAUCCUCUGCAUCUUCACCAUCAACUUCCAGGAGUAGAACAUCUUCACUUGAAGAGCAAAAUGAUGAAGGCACUUUAACUCCCAACAGAGAGAAUGUAUCUAAGCAAGCAACACCCAGCACUAAUAAUAAUGAAAGUGAACAUCUUCCCCACAGCCUAGUGAUGUCCAGUCUUUUGCACAGAAGAUUCAGAUUCGAGUUCCUUCGAUGGAAUCAUUGUUUCGAAGCCCCUUAAAGGAAACUUUGUUCCGAUCCUCUUCUAAAGAGUCUUUAGUACGGACUUCUUCAAGAGAUUCCCUGAACAAACUGGACUUGGAUUCUCCUGGUCCCACGUUUGAUCCACCAUCUGAUGUGGAAAGUGAAGCAGAAGAAUUGCCCGGAAAUGUAGACAGCCUCCCCAAGGAACAGCUGCUGCAACGGUUGCGCAGGAUGGAACGAAGUUUAGGCAGCUACAGAGGGAAAUACUCAGAGCUGGUCACUGCCUAUCAAGCUGUGCAAAGAGAAAAGAAAAAGCUGCAGGGAAUAUUGAGCCAGAGUCAGGAUAAAGCACUUCGCAGAAUUGGUGAACUGCGGGAGGAACUCCAGAUGGAUCAACAGGCCAAAAAACAUCUUCAGGAAGAGUUCGAUGCAUCUUUAGAAGAAAAGGAUCAACUCAUCAGUGUCCUGCAGACUCAGGUAUCAUUACUGAAACAACGAUUGCAAAAUGGCCAAAUAAGUAUUGAGUUGCCUGAUCCAAAUGUUCAGACUCAAGCAGAAGUCCAGAGUCCAACAAAAGAUUUAAACACAGAGAAUGCUGUGCAACCAGAGAGUCCUGGUGGUGAUGGGGAUUCUGCUAAAACACUAGAAGCUCUUACUCAGCGAGUGAAACGUCAAGAGAACUUGCUCCAUCGAUGUAAAGAAACAAUCCGCUCAUAUAAAGAGCGCUCGGUACAGCUAACCAAUGAAAAAGAGGCACUUCAGGAACAACUGGAUGAGAGACUUCAGGAACUAGAGAAAAUAAAGGAUCUUCAUAUGGCUGAGAAGACCAAGCUGAUCACUCAGUUACGUGACGCCAAGAACUUGAUAGAACAGCUAGAGCAAGAUAAAGGCAUGGUAAUAGCAGAAACCAAACGGCAAAUGCAUGAAACAUUGGAAAUGAAGGAGGAAGAAAUUGCCCAGUUGCGUACUCGCGUCAAGCAGGUGGUUAAGCAAGGUGAAGAGUUAAAAGAACAGAAGGAAAAGUCUGAAAAAGCUGCAUUUGAAGAGCUUGAGAAGGCUCUCAGUGCAGCCCAAAGGACUGAAGAAGCACGCAAGAAACUGCAAGCAGAAAUGGAUGAAAGGAUCAAGGCAGUAGAAAAGGCAAGCGAGGAAGAGCGUGUGAGCCUUCAACAGGAAUUAACAAGGGUGAAGCAGGAGGUGGUUAAUAUUAUGAAGAAAUCUUCAGAAGAACGAAUUACCGAACUAGAAAAGUUGCAUAAAAGGGAAUUGGCUAGCAAAGAACAGAUAUUAAAUGAUAGAUUACGGGCUCAAGACCAGGCGUUUCAGGAACAAAUGAAAACAGCUCUUGAAAAGUGCCAGAGUGAACAUCUACAGACUACACAAGAAAAAGAACAACAGGAAUCGUUAGCCCUAGAAGAACUGGAACUGCAGAAAAAAGCAAUUCAGUUGGAAUGUGACAAAAAACUAGAGGACAUGCAGCAAGAAAUAGAAACCUACAAAACUAGAAUUCUAGAAUUGGAAAGUUCCCUUCCAAAGUGUUCGCAGAAUGACAGCCAGUUGGAGGAACUGACUGCUCAAAUAGAAUCAGAAAACAACAGGCACCAUAAAGAAAUCACUGCCAUGGUUGAAAAACAUAGAGAAGAGCUUGAGGAUGUGAAACGGCAAGAACAACAAGUUUGGACAGAAAAACUUGAUACAUUAACACUGCAGAAGCAGUCGGAAAUGGAGAAAUUGAAAAUGCAGCUUGAUGAAGUGACUAAAGUAUUGAAAGAGAAAGAGACUCAAUUUCAUGGCCAUAUAGAAGAGAUGAACGAAAAAACUUUAGAAAAGCUUGAUGUGAAACAAACCGAACUAGAAGCACUCUCUUCUGAGUUAUCAGACACACUAAAAAUUCAUCAAGAUCUUGAACAGCGUUUGUCGAUAUUAAAAGAUGAUGCAGAUAAAGCAAAGCUAGAGUUUGAGGGAAAGCUGGAGCAAGAGAAGAACCAUCAUAAGGAACAAGUUGAAACUAUCUUUAAAGAUAAGGAAGUCAUGGAGAAAACAUUCAAAGAUGAAAUUAGUCAACUCAAGCUACUCUUGGAAGAAAAAGAGAAAUGCCAAGUGGAAUUGGAAGAGCAUUUGAAAACACUGAAGGAAUCUCUUAGAAAGGCUGAAAUUGAAUGCAAAGAAAAGUCUACUGAACUAGAUGGCAUUUUUCAGUCCAAAGAGAGCAUGGCCAGAGAACAAGCAAGCAUUUACGAACAAAAGUUAAUAGAUUUGCAGCAAAAGCUGGGAAAUGUAGACGCUGAAAAAUCACGUCUUGAUGAACUGAUUGUAAAAACUGAAGCUGAACUGAAUGAACUCAAAGCUGAAUUAAAGUUUCGGAUAUCCGAGGUACAUGAUCUGAAAUGUGAACUUGAGGAGCAAAAGAGAGAAAAUAUGCAGAAAGUGUCAUCUCUGACAGAACAGCAUGAAUCACAGUUAAGAGAUCUUAGAGAAGAGGUAAAUCAGGCAAAGAGUCAUUUUACUGAUAAGGAAAAUGAGCUUGAACAAACAAAGGGGCUAUUGAAUCAACAAAUUGAGAAACUUGGACAGCAGCUAUCAGCCAAAGAGGCAGAAAUUAGUGCUUUAAAGAGUGAAUAUGAAAUCAAAUUUAAGCAACAAGAGACACAAAUGGAGAAAGUUAAAGGAAAAUCAAAGGAAAUGCAGGAGAGAUUCAAGAAGAAACUUUCAGAGCAGGAAGCAAAACUCAAAAAGGAGAUGGAGAAUAAACAGUUGGAAUUUAGUCAGAAAGAGAAGCAAUUCAAUGCAAAAAUGCUGGAAAUGGCCCAUGCCAGUUCAACUGGAAUUGAUGAUGCUGUGUCAAAACUGGAGAAGAAUCAGAAGGAACAACUAGAAAGCCUGCUUGAAGCUCACAAACAAGAACUAGAAGAAGUUGUCCAAACCUGGGAGAAGAAGCUGAGUCAGCUAGCUGAAGAACUUGGAGAAAAGCAUGAAAUGGAGUUGCAAGAAAAAGAUCAAGAAGUAGGAGACCUGAAACAGAAACUGGCCACCUUCAGUAUUGAAAGGGAGGACAGAAAUGCAGAUAUUACUCGGAUAAAGAAUGAACAGACAGAGAGGGACAAAUUGUUGAAUGAGUUGCAAGAACAGCUACAGCAGACAUUAGCUCAAGUGACAGUUUUGACGCAGAGAGAAACUGAUUUGAAAAAGCAACUUGAGAAACUAGAGGAUGACCUUAGUUUGUCUCUGAAGGAGAAGAUAGACGUCCAGGAACAGCUUAGUGAAGUAAAAGCAGUAGGAGAAAAAGAGAAGAACAAAGCUGGUGAGCUGGCAGAGAAGUUGAAAACAUACAAUGAACAACUCAAGGCUCUGAAAUUGUCACAUUCUAAAGAGUGUGAAGAUUAUGAGAAAAAACUGGAGGACAAACAUUUGGAGCUUCAACAAAAAAAAGCAGAAUUUGAGAAGUUUGCAAGGGAUAUAGCUACACAACUAGAGGAUUACCGGCAGAAAGCAGAAUCUUUCCUAGAAAUAAAAAUCACUGAACUGCUUGUGAAAUGCAAUGAAAAAAUUUCUUCGGCAAUUUCUAGAGUUGUACACUGUCACAAUUGCACAACAAAAAUAAAAGAAACAAUAUUAAUUAAAACCUGUAAAAUCCCUGACCUAGAAGCUCAACUUAAGCAAAUAAGAGAGAGUCGUGAUACUUUAACCAGCCGUUUCAAAGAAUCAAAACAACACUUGCAAGAAAAGGAAAACUUGAUAAUGUCUAUGAAAGUGGAUAUUGACAGACUCGUAACAGAAAAAGAGCAAUUGCAAAAAGAAGGGGGACACCAGCAGGAAGCAGCAACAGAGAAAGAAACUUUCAUCACACAAUUGAAGAAAGAAUUGUCUGAACAUAUUAAUGCUGUCACUUCUCUGAAGGAGGAGCUAAAUGAAAAGAAGGCAGAGAUCGCUGAUCUUAACAAGCUUGUCAGUGAGUUAAAUCUCAAGCUUGAAAUCGACAAAUCAGAAAAAGAUGCUGCCACGACUCUGUUAAACAAGCAACACAAAGAAAAUCGACUUCAGCUGUUGAAUGAGGUGCAAGAAUUGUCUUCCAGAAUUGAAACACUGAGUCAAGAAAAAGCAACUGCUCUUGAACAGGUAGACCACUGGAUGAACAAGAUGUCAGAGUGGAAGAAGAAAGCCCAGUCAAGAUUUACACAGAAUCAUAACACAAUUAAAGAACUACAAAACAAAGUUGAACUAAGUAAUAACCAAGCUAUUGAGAAAGAAGAGGAAUUGAAUAAAAUGAAGGAAGUGUGUGAUAAGCAAACCAAGCACAUAGAACAUUUGAAAGGCUUACUGGAACAAAAGCAGAUUAGAAGAGAAAAACAAGAGUCUGAUUUGGUUGCCGAGUUAAAAAUCCAUACAGCAAGGAUUGCUGAGCUCGAAGAACACAUCACUCGGAAAACAGCAGAAAACGAUUCCUUAAUGGACGAACUCAAAAGACACAAUGAGCAGAACAGUGCGCAAAAAGAGCUGGCACAAGAGCUUCAACAAACUCAGGUGGCAGUUAUGGAAAAGGAUAAAAGGCUUAAAGAGAUGGAACAAGAAGUACUACUUUUUGAGAAGAAAAUGCAGACCAUGGAAGUUGACCUUGGGGAAAAAUCAAAAGAAUUUGAAGAAACAAAAGUGGCUUUAAUGAAAAGCAAAGAGGAGGAAUUAAAGUCUUUGGAAGAGAGGCUUACUUCAGAAACCACUGCUAAAAUAGGAGACCUGGGAAAAAAGGCUGAACAAAAAAUUGCUUCUAUUAGGAAGCAGCUGACAUCUCAAAUGGAAGAAAGGGAACAGCAAUAUAGACAAGACAUGGAACAGCAGUUAAAGCAAAAAUUGCAAGACAAGGAAGACAAGAUUACGUAUUUAGAAGACAAAAUUAGAUCAAUCAAUUCUGAGUUAGAAAAGGAGAUGAUACAGAAGGUAGAAACCUUAAAAGUUUCCACAGAACAAGACAAAGUAUGUGCAUUAGGGAACAUGCAACAGAUGUAUGAAUUAAAAAUAGAUGGUUUACAAAAAGAUUUAUUGGAAAAGGAGAGACAGCUAAAGAUGUAUGAUGAGGAACAAAAAGCAAGUAGUGUUUCAAAGCUAGAGGCUCAGUAUCAACAAGAAGAACUCUGUAAAAAGGAGCAAGAAGACCAUAUCCAUGAAAAGCUUCAACUAGCACUUGAGGAGCAAAGUAAGCAGCAUGCAGCUAUCCAAGAAGAAUUGAAAACCAAAGAACAAAAAGAGCAAAAUAUGGAGGGUAUGAUUAAAGACUUGCAGGAAAAGCUGCAAGAAAACGAGGGAGAGAGGCAGUCUUUGCAACAAAAGAUACACAGUUUGGAUGAGACCUUAACAAAAGAGAGAGAACUGAACAGAAUUGAGAUGGGGGAUACUAUUUCAAAACAUGAUGAACAUUUGCAGGGACUCCAGCAGCAGCUGGAGGAAAGAAAUGGCCUUAUAAAAGACUUGAAAGAAAGCACAGAAGAAAAGAGUAGAUCAGUCCUUGAGCUUCAGAAACUGCUUGAUGAUCUGCACAUCGAGCAAAAGGAUUUGCAAGCUAAAGUGGAGGAGACUGAGCGGGAGAAACAGAAACUUGCCAAAGAUGUGAGUAGGCUACAGAAGGAUUUGCGCAUCCUGCGGAAGGAACAUCAGCAGGAGCUGGAGAUAAUGAAAAAAGAAUCGGUAGAAGAAAUGGAACAAAAAAUAAAAUAUGAACAGGAGGACAUUGAAUUGAAGCACAACUCCACAUUAAAGCAGUUGAUGAGAGAAUUCAAUACCCAGAUGGCACAAAAGGACCAAGAAAUAGAAACAGCCGUAAAAGAAACAAUCAGUAAAGCUCAGGAGGUUGAAUCUGAACUCAUAGAAAGUCACCACGCAGAGAUAACUCAGUUACACAAAAAGUUGCUAGAAAAAGAUGAUGACCUACAAAGGACAGUGAAAAAGUAUGAAGAAAUUCUUGAGACUCGAGAAGAAGAAAUGACAGAAAAAGUAAAUGAGCUUCAGAACCAGCUGGAGAAAUUGCAGGAGGAGUACAAACAAAGACUGGCAGAUGAAGAAAGCUGGAACAGUGGUGAAGUAACAAUAGCUGAACUUCAGGCCCAGCUGGCCCAGAAAACAACACUUGUCAGUGAUUCAAAGCUGAAAGAACAGGAAUUCAUAGAACAGAUUCAUACACUACAAGACCGGUUGAAAAAUUACGAGAAGAAUAUGUAUGUCACAACAGUUGCAUCGCCUUACAGAGAUGGGAACCUCUGCCAUUCAGAUGUCUCUCUUUUUGGAGAACCGACGGAGUUUGAAUACUUGAGGAAGGUGUUGUUUGAGUACAUGAUGGGCCGUGAGACAAAGACAAUGGCAAAGGUUAUAACCACAGUGCUGAAAUUCCCUGCUGACCAAGCACAGAAGAUCUUGGAACGAGAAGAUGCACGGGCAUUGUCCUGGCUGCGAUCGUCCUCUUGAAGAACUUGCAACACAUGCACUUUGUAGCAGAUGACGCUCCUCUGAAAUCUGAUCAUAUCUCCAUACUAGCACUAUGAAGAAUGGACAGGAGAAGAACUACUAUUCAUUGCCCCACGUGAAAUGAGCAAAAUUAAGAACAAUAAUCGGUUGAGGGCUGGGCAUGAAUGUAAUCAAACAGUUGUCUUGAAAGAUUGUCUUACCCGGUGAUGGAGUGCUUAUAUUGAACACAGUUUUCUAUUUUGGUUUAGAAUAUUUUUUAAUAAAUGUUUUGCCUCACUGCAAUACAGAUCUCACAGGAUCUCUCUGACGAAUUAAUGGUUUGACUGCCCUAUUUAUUUUUAACAGUUUUAUCGCCUGAAAUAAUUGUGCAAUAUACUUUGGGUGGGUAGGAGGCCUUGGUGAUGUUCUUGGUAAAUUAAACCUGUUUCAACUUUUUUUCCUCCCUCACAAUUUGAUCUGUUGAUUGUUUGCUAAAGGCAAUUUCUUUCAAGCACUUGCUUUAUAAUGAAUCCAAAUUGCAGUACCUCAUUUGUUUAUUCCUAGCUUUUGUACUUAUAUUUUGUGGGGAAUAAAUUUACACUCCUGUAAAUUGUAAAUAGUUACUACUUCCUUGUAUCAUAAGCUGAUCUCUGACUGUUGGCAGUGCUAAUCUUGCAGAGCUGGGAGAGAAUAAAACUUCUAUUUACUGUA